UCCCUCUCUUUCCUCCCUCUCUCAAUUUCAGCUAGGGCUCCAUACUCUUAACGUGCGCCUCCAGAUCCCCCGCUGGUUAACGCGCGCCACCGCUGCUGCUGCUUAACGUGCGCCACCGCUGCUGCUGCUGUCGCUCCUCAUCUCCCUUCAACAUAAGAUUUUGUGGUCCGCUGUGGGGAUGGAGGAAGAUGCUUGGGUGGUUCCUUCCUGAUAAUCUCUGCACGGCACAAUUGCAUUCUAGAAAGAUCCUCCGUUACAUAUCUAAAAGGGGUUUGAUCAUCUACUUUGUUCAGAGGCUUUUCCACUAUCUAAUUAACCCAUCGUAUUUUCUCCACACUUCAAUUUUGUUGACUGGUGCUACGUUCUCCUAGUUAUGGAGAUACAGACCUCUGGAAAGCCUAUAGAUUCUUUGCUAGAGAAGGUCCUUUGUAUGAACAUUCUUUCUUCCGAUUACUUUAAAGAGCUUUACAGAUUGAAGACUUACCAUGAAGUUAUAGAUGAGAUCUACAAUCAAGUUGAUCAUGUGGAGCCAUGGAUGACUGGAAAUUGCAGAGGCCCUUCAACUGCAUUUUGCCUUCUCUACAAAUUCUUUACCAUGAAACUCACUGUCAAACAGAUGCAUGGGCUAUUGAAGCAUUCUGAUUCUCCUUAUAUUAGAGCUAUCGGUUUUCUCUACUUGAGAUAUGCUGCAGAUCCAAAAACUCUUUGGGGUUGGUUUGAACCUUAUGUGAAGGAUGAUGAGGUAUCUGUCAGGGCCUCUUUUAUCGGAGUUCUCUCCAGGGUCGAAUGGUCGAACAACAACAAUGGGCGUAUAUGUACGGGAUCUGCUUCUUGGACAGCUUGGGUUGCCCUACGGAAGUUACCAAGAGAGGAGAUCACAUUUCUAUCUGCAACAACUCAGUAUAAGUACUACUUUGAUACCCUCUUCCCCCGCACACCUGUUCCGAUAAUGCGCCAGAUUGUUGCGAACCUUGAGAGAAUGAAGCUCCCCACCAAGCAUUCUGGCGUGACAGGAGAAUCCAGUCGCCAUGGAUCAGAUGACACUGCACGUCGGCCACCUUCUGUGAAAGCUGCCCUAUCAGUUUCCUUCGGCCAGCGUGCUCCCCACCGUGCAUCUACAAGGGACUCAUCACCUGUCCGGCGGACCCUACCUCCCCCACAUGAUAGAGAUCGCAGCGAAGAUCCACGGAAAUCCAGCCCCAGACACCGCAGCCGGAGCCGUGAACCUGAUCGGGACCGUUCAGAUAGGGACCGGGACAGAGAUAGAGACAGAUCGGACAGGGACAGGGACAGAGAUAGAGAUAGAGACAGAAUGGAGAAGGACAGAGAUAGAGACAGAUCAGACAGGGACAAGGAUAAAGAUAGGAGGCAUGGUUAUGAUCGACGCGAGGAUCGCGACGGUAGGGAUUCUCAUCGGUCCAGGUACUCAGAGAGAGAAAGCAGCAGGCGGGAUUAUGAUAGGAGCAGCCGGGACGGCAGUAGGCAUGGAGAUUCUGGUUCCCGGCGGAGCAGGAGCCGAAGCAGGAGCAGAAGCAGGAGCAGAAGUUUGCAAGUUCGCAGCACAGGCUCCGAUCACCGUUCGAGCCCAUUUGGAGAUGGGAGCAGGGAGAAGGCGUCCGUUUCAAGCAAUCUGGCCAAGUUAAAGGACCUGUAUGGUGAUGGGAGUGACCCGAAGGGAGAUAGUGGGGCCAACAGAGGUCCUAGGGAUAUCGGCAGUGAAGAAGUUAUCAGACUUGGCGGGUCCACUUGGAAGUAGAGUGAAGGGAUUAUAAUUACCAACGAAAGAGAUUGUUUUGUAAUUGUAUUAGAUGAAAGGCCGAGACAUCAGCAGUAGUCUUGGGAAGAGUGGGUUUUUUUUUUUUCAUUUGGAAUAAUCAGAAUCUCUUUUAAUCACCAAUUUCAUGCCAAAACAACCAUUACUGUAUUAGGUGCUAUUUUCAAAUUGGCCCAUGAAUUCAAAGACAUUGAUCAGCUCCA